AUGACGUCAAAGGCGACGCGUCCAAGUGCGCUUGUGGCGGCUGUGCUGCUCGCUCUAUGCUGCUGGUCGAUGGCGGACGUGUCGUACACGUACCCGAAAUGCCCGGCGAACGGCGUCGGCUGUUGCAAGUUUGGCAUGAGCUCGAUGAAAAGCCGUGGCAUGGUCACGAUUGCGCUCGAGGGCAGCGACAUGGUCGUCACGUGCUCUAACGGCUUCUUGCGCUGUUCGAACGAGAACCCCGAGAAGAAGGCGAGCUUUGAGAUCGCGCCAAACGUCACGUGUCCAGACUUUACGGCUAUGAUGGAGUCGCGUUCGGCAGAGAUCACGUAUCUGAGUGGCGUCCGCGUGAAGACGAACGGAGAGCCCGUGGCCGGUGUCGUCCAAGCGGCAAACAUAUAA